GACACAAAAUGACGGACUAAUUGUUGGUAGAUAUUCAUUUUAUACAAAGUUUUGGAUCAACAAAGAAAGUGUUACUCGAAGGAUGAAAUUACAAUUUACAGUCGAAUUUAGUAUUCAGUACUACUGUUAACAAAAGUACGAGGUAUUCAAAUAUUAAGUUUCAUCCGUGCAUACUUGAUGAACAAAACCUAAACAUCUGGGUGAUGAAUAGAUGUGUUUGUUGUUGCAUCGUAUAUUCUGAUUUAAAGAGUGCUAGAAUGAGGAUUUAACGAAAUAUAGCAUAAAAUGGUUAAAGAAUGGCAGAGAAUGACAUUGAAAUUCUUGGUAUGACAAAUGAACGUAACAAUGAUACCUUGGAACACGACGAAACAGAUUCAAAGAAUAAGGAAAAUGAGACCGGGAUUCAAGAUGAUGAAUCAUAUGACGAAGAGAAUGAAUCAAAUGGAUGUCUGCUUAAAUGGGUUUUCAUUUUCUUAUCCGGUGUCAUCCUGUUGGGAUUGCUAGUAUGGGGAAAAUUGUCGUUCUUGUCGUUGGCUGAGGCUAUGCACGACGAUGACGACUUCGGAUUACAAUCAAGAUGCAGGAUUUUUGUGAUGUUGCAGAUAAUACUUUGUCUUCCGCAAGCAUUGAACCUUAUCCGUGGCGUUUGGUACGGAUGUAUUAGAACACAUGUGCAUGUACCAAAGAAAACUAUAGGGGUAGUUAUACUAGUUAUAAUCCUCAGUGGCAUAGAGGCGGCUGGGACGUGUGCCUACACCUUUUUAAUCCCUGGCUUAACCAAGACACACCAUAUUGUCUUACUAAUGAGUUGUAUAUUCACACUGCCAGCAUGUUCAAAUAUUAUCAUCUUUUUAAAAAGGACAAGAAAUUGUUGUAGUAAGGACUUGCUUUUGUCAAUUAGUUUGAUAGUUGCCGAAUUGGCUGCGAUAGCAUUGACAUUUGUAUGGUUAGACUAUGCGGAUUUGAAGAAGACAGUUAUAACAUUUCUUGCAAUAUCAUUCUUAUCGCUGUCGUGGAUGCCCUGGCUAAGGAGAUGGUUACUAGACCAGUUUAUAAAGACAGUUCCUACAAAGUUGACAAGUGCUUCAAUUUGGAAGUUUACGGCAAUCAUGUCGCUGUCUAACCUUGUAUCUACAAUUGUGGCAUCAUUUGGAAUAUUUUUCGGUUUUAAUUUGAAUCCGUACAUGUCAAACCAGACAACAACAGUUCUUUGGAAGGACUAUGUGAGCGGUUGGAAGGAAUGGCAACAAGCCUCUCAACACGAAAUUUUACUUUUCGUUACACAUAUUUUCAGCGGAAUCUUAGGUUAUAUGGUUGCCUACAUAACAUGUAAAGCGCGUCUACAUAGAUCUGCGUUUCUACUUCCAGUGACGUUUUCUACCCCUAUUAUAUUCGCCAUUUUGGUCUUUCCAGAAUCAUGCAAAUGGGUGCUGUCUCGGAAUAGAAUGGCGAACCACUUUGAAGACUGUACAAUUGGGGAAAGCAACCAAGGUUGGGACAUUGUUCGCGAGAUAAUUGCUAUAGUUUGUUUGAUAUUAGCACAAACAUUCUCAUCGGGAUGGAAGUUUUGCUCGACGGAAUAUCUUCAGCACCUUUCAGAAGAACAGAUCUUUAGAAUACCUGCAUAUAAUUCAGUUUUCCUUGACCAGUGGUUAUUGUUAAACGGACAGAACAAAGAAGAUGAUAGCAAAGACCACAUGGAUCCAAAGACGACUGCUAAAAGAUCAAAGAUUUAUAUUUGUACAACAAUGUACAGGGAGGCAGACCAUGAAAUGGAACAAUUCAUUAGAUCAGUUCUGAAGAUUAAAAAAGCCCAUCGUUUGUCAAAUAGAAACAUUGAAGUUCAUAUAUUUUUCGACGACGCUGUUAGAGGCAAUUCAUUAAAUGAUUUUGCUGUUCAACUUGUCACGCAAGUAGAAAAUAUCCUGAAUUGUACAGACAAAAGUCCAUUUAAGCAGCUGAGUACACCUUAUGGGAUUUGUCUAGGCUGGGAGUUCAAUACGAAUGGAUCAAAUGUUAGUUUACCUUUCAAAAUACACUUGAAGGAUGCUUUAAAGGUAAAAGCGAAAAAACGAUGGAGUCAAGUAAUGUAUAUGGCUUAUGUUUUGAAGUACCUGUUAAAAAAGAAACGUGAAGAUCCAGAACAGCCUUCUACAAGCCGAGGGUCUUCUGAUCCAGAACAGCCUUCCACAAGCCGAGGGUCUAUUCAGACAACAAGCUCUUCUGAAACUAGAAGUCUGAUGCCAGAACAACCGACGAUUGAUUGUGGUGCAACUGACCGACGCCCUGUUGUUGACCCUGAAACGGAAUCUUACCUAUUGGUAACAGACGCAGAUGUAACAUUUACUCCUGAUUCUGUCGAAUAUUUACUAGAUCUUGUAAUGCGAGAUGCAAAUCUAGGUGCUGCGUGUGCCCGUAUACAUCCUCAAGGAAGUGGGCCGCUUUACUGGUACCAAAUUUUCGAAUAUGCAAUCGGGCAUUGGUUACAAAAGGCAGCAGAACAGAUCCUCGGAACAGUGCUAUGUGCACCAGGCUGUUUUAGCAUAUACAGAUGCAAGGCUGUUGGAGACGUUCUUGCUAAAUACGACACCAACGUAGAAGAUGCCUUUGACUUUUUAAUAAAGGAUAUGGGUGAGGACAGGUGGUUUUGCACACUCAUGAUACAGGAAGGCUGGUUCAUAGAAUACUGCGCGGCUUCCAAAGUACAAACGCAUUGUCCACAGCAAUUUGCAGAGUUCUUAAAGCAAAGGAGGCGGUGGUUAGCAUCAACUGUGGCUAAUGUAUGGCUCUUGAUCAAAGACUGGGACAAAGUGACAAAGAAAAAUCACCGUGUGUCCUUUAUGUUCCGGUUUUACCAGUUCGCGUUACUUUUAGCGAACCUGAUUGGUCCAAGUUCUACAAUAUUACUGGUUGCAGGAGGCCUACGGUACGGUUUGGACUGGAGCACAGUACCAACAAUUAUUGUUCAGGUUAUUGUGUCGUUUGGUUUUGGCACUGUAUGCUUAUUAUCUUCACAGAAAACGCAGGUAAAGGUGGCACGGAUUUUGAUAUUUUUGUAUGCCGUCGUGAUGACACCUACCAUAGUAGGCAUGGCAGCGCAAAUCACAAUGGACUUCAUUAACUCGCCUGAGGCUGAAACAAACUUAAUCAGCCAAGACAUCCGAAUUUCGACGUCAACGUUAUUUUUAAGUUUCGUUUUGGGUACAGUGCUGCUUACUGGAAUAAUGCACACCAACGAGUUCCUUUGCCUUUUCCAUGGUAUUUUGUAUAUGCUUUGUCUCCCCGCUGGUUUUUUGAUAUUGCCCAUUUACAGCCUUUGCAAUAUCACGGAUAAAUCUUGGGGCACUAGGGAACUUGAGACGCAUACAGAUACAACGGUUUCGUUGUUGGAUAGUAUAAAAAAUGUGCUCAGUACUUGCAGCUGCUAUCCGUGCAAAAAUGGAAAAACAGUAAAAGACGAAGAAAACGACUUGGAAUUGUCGCCCACUGUAGGAAAUUUAAACGAAGAUGAAAGCACGUUUAGAAAGGAAAUCCAUAGCGUUCAAAGACAGUCUAGUGGAGAGAUUAAUGGCGAUAUUGAUUCUGAUGCUGAAGAUGAAACGGGGCAAGAAAUUAAAGACUGGAUGCAAUGUGACGUGCAGACCGACAUGAGUGAUGUUUAUGAAAAGUUUGUAAGAAAUGGAUAUGACAAGAUGAAGUUCAUUAGUGGCAUGACAAAACGAGACAUUAAAGACAUUGGAAUUACGUCGACUAUCAUGAUACGUCUUUUGGAAAAGAUAAUUAAGGAAUUGCCUGAUGCCUCCAGCACAAUUUCCCCAGAAAUACCGGAAAACACUACAUCUUGGUUACGAACAAUUGGUUUGACUAGAUACAAGGACAAUUUCGACAGGAUAGGAAGGAACGUCGAAGUUCUGCAGAACCUGCGGCCAGAGGAGUUAAAUGUCACUAAGAAAGGACAUGUAAAAUGGUUGAUGAAAGCAAUGAAAAAGAUACGGUAUCCAAACGAUCACGAGAAAGCUCAACUAAAAACAAAGAAAAUUCUGAGAGAAAAGGCUUUUGAAAAAGAACACGAAGAAGAUGAGUUUUGGAAGACUACAAUAGAAUCGAUGAAUCUUAGACCAAACACAUUCGAUCAUCAUUCAAAGAAAAUGCUUGCAGACAACUUGGUUGAAUUACGACAUGGAUGGAUAUUGGUUUUUACUGUAUCAAACUUGCUGUGGUUAAUAAUGAUAACCACUCUGGCUUACAAAGGGGAGUUGCUGAACGUUUUCGGUACAAAUGUUAUUGGACUCGUGGUACUCAUCAUUUUGGUAUUUUUGCUAUUUGUCCAAUUCAUAGCAAUGCUGAUACAUCGAUGUUCAACUCUUAUUCACCAUGUUGGUAGAGCAUCAUAUAAAUGUAACGGGAAAAAACAUCUCGCGUUUGCUUUUAAUGAGAGGGAUAUGAGCGAAACACAACCAAAGUCACCUGUCAGAACUGGCGAAGUAUCACAGGGAAUCGAUAACAAUGCUCGUUCACAACUAAUAGAAAACAACAGUUCAGAUGAUGUCAAUUUAGCUUAAAGAUAUUGAAAAUAAUCUAUGCAUUAUGGAAAAAGUUAUAAAAUCAUGAUUCAGUCUUAUGUACUCUGCAGUUUAUUUGCAUAAAUAUAUGUUUGUGAGUGUUCACCUAUGUUUAAUUUUCACAUGUGUAUGUUUGUGCACUUAGGUAUAUAUAUAAAGUUUUUAAGUAUGAAUCAAAUUAUGUAGGUUCAGCUUCGCAAUAUCGCAUUCACACGAUCCAUGGCCAAGUGGCCAAGUGUUUAAGUUUGUUGACUUCAAAUCACUUAUAUAUAUAUCGAGGGCUGAGCGCGAAACUAUUGUAUCUUUUUCUUUAUUCAUAUACAGUACAGUUACAAUAUUUUCGCACUCAGCCCACGAUAUGUAUAUAAUCGUGUGUUUUUAAAUCAAUAGGUCAAAUGGAACGAAAUGGUUAUCAUUUUCUAACAUGGUCUGUCGAUAAUAAUAAAACUGAAAACAAUUAUUCAGAUAUAUAUUACAAACAUUUUUGUUGUUUCUUAAACAGAAUCAAUUAACACAUCUCAUCGUUUCCAUUACAAAAAGAUUAAGCAACUAAGGAAGAUCUAAGUGAAAUAACUCUGAAAUGACUAACAAACUGAAGCUAACAUAAGAAAUGUGGUCAAAAUAAAAGACAAUCUAAAUAGGCCUGAUCUGGCAGAAAAAAAAUACUUGACUUACAUAUGUUUUAAUUCUUUUUCAUUGAUAAAGAAUAUCCCGACUUCCCCAUGCUCUACAACGGUUAUUUCAUAGGUCAUGGCCAGGCCCUGCUAGAACAUUUAGUAGUACAUCAAAACUAAAAACGCAUGAAUUUCAUUCAGGAAAUUUUAUGACUUUAAAAAUUGUUGAUACAAAAUUUUAAGUUUACGAAAAUCAAACAAUUAGAAAUUACUGAAAAAGUACAAACUGGUAUGUGAUUCUAAUAUUUUAAGGUACAGGACCAAUAGUUAUAUUUUGCCAUUUCCAUGUGAUUUUAUAUUUAGCGUUAAGUAGUUUGGCAUUCUUAAAUAUAUGGCUGUAAACUUUGCUCGAAACGCUCAUUGCUUUCUGUAGAAAAAAAAAAACUGUCAAAAUAAAAAAUUUGCUGAUUUUCAUUACGGGCACACUGCUUUAAAAAAUUGUUCAUGUCUAAUUUAUUGUAACACAAUGCACAAAUAAUGUAAGCGUAUACUAAAGAAGUGACACAAAAAAACGUAACGUAACGUACUAUGUAUUACGUUAUUUCCGUUGUUUAUUAUUAUCAGUAUUCCCUGAAGAAAGCAUGUAGCUGGAACGUUGGAACUAUAGUAUAUUUUGAAAUUAACCAAGUGUUUGGUCUUUAUCUACAUCAUUAAAGAACUUACACUGUAUUCUAACUUAAACUGUUUACAAAAUUUGAAGAAAAAUAUUCUGUUGGGGCCUCUAAUUUAGCAUUAUAUCAAGACAAUCUGUUAUUACAAUUCUCACCUGAAUGCACAUAAAUUAUCACAUGAAUGCACCCCUGCAAGUGCUAGUCCAUUUGUUUUCAAUCUUGAAUGGCGAACAUAAAGCUUAUUUCGACGUUUUGUUUUGUUUUUGUUUCUUUUGUUGUUUUUUUUUUUUUUUUGGUGUGGACGACAAGUAUUUUUUCUCUCGUCAUUUUGAAGGUUCUUGUUUCUCUGUGGUUUAUCUGUCUGAAAAUUGAUGAACGCUACAUCAGACAUAUAGAUGAAAACAUAAACAGACAACUGACCAGUACUAUUAACCAUGGAUCAGAUUUUAGUUAUUUUGUACUAACAGCUGAAAUGCACAAUAUAUCAGUAAAAUGGAGUUAAAACGAAUGAAAUGCAACUAUACUGAUUUAAAGAGUUAACACACAGAACGGUAUCCACUUGAUUACGAUGCUAAGCGACCCACGCGAAACAGCGUUGCGUUAGGUUUUCGGCCGAUUUUUCUUAAACAAACCCGGAUAAUUCAAUAUAAAUAGACAUGUUUUGUUUUAAGAGGUAGCGUUUUAGAUAAGAAGUGUUUCAAUACUUACUUGUUCCCGAUAAGCACUACAUAUGAUGCGACAUGUCGAAAACUGGCAAAAAUGUCCUUCCCCCGAAGGACUGUACUGAAGUUUUUUGAAUAAACGGCACAAAUCUCAGCUAAACGGACACAUGUGCUAAGAAACUGAGACAUUUGCGCUCCAGGUGCACCCGUUUUUUUUAUUCAAUUUAUUAUAUAACGGGUAGAAAUUCUUUUAAAUCAAACUACAGGACCGGAAGUUUAUAUAAUUAGCCAUAUUUCACCAUCUGCUCUGCGUAAAAUUCACCGUUCAAACAACGUUAGAACCACUUGAUCUGAUGGAGCUAUGGCCAAUGGUUGGGUGCAUUCAUGAGUGGAAAAACAUGUAUGGUCAAAUGAUGUACACAUUUGUUUAUAUUAUAAAAUCGUUAACAACUUUUUUCAUGCUAUUUUUGUAUGGUUGGUAAGCGUAUAAUAAAGAAGAUAUGUUUUUAUUUACUCAGAAUUUUUCAUGAGUUAAAGACUAUUUAAGUCCUUUGAUUUGCAUUUACUAAAUAUAAAAGGAUGUUUUGUAUAUGUUCUUUCAAAGUGUUGAAAGCAGAUUUAACUUGCACAACUUACGCUAUACUCUUUUGCAUUUAUUUACCUAUGGACACUAUUGAUACAGACUAUUAUUGUUGAAAACUCAAAAUCAGUGAAAAACUGUCAGUUGAGGAGUUGUCCAAUUUGUUUCAGAUAUUUCAGAUUGGUAUUUUUUUAAUGUUAAGUAUUUCUGUUCUUACAAGGAGAGGAGGAAAAACAGAAACAAUUUAGUAAAUUGGUGCACUUAAAAAGACCCUGUUAAGUUGAAUGUAAGUUUUAGGUACCAUCUCUACAUUACAAAGUGAUGCAUACAGUGAAAGGUCAACAGUGUAAAGAAAAUUAGAUUUCUUUUUAACAAACUUGCUUGGCAUUUGCUUUGCCAUUUUGUAAUUACCCCAGACUUUAAGUAUGCAUUUAUUCAGAUUGAAGGUACUUUCGUGAGCCUACUGUAAUAAUUAUUUAUGAAAUCAGGUUUUUGGUAUUUAUUAUAUCCGGAAGAUACUUAUUAAAAAUCUGAAAUAUAUGAUAGAUGGUUGUUACGACAUGGACGAGUUGUGCAGCUGGAAAUAUGUUAACAAGAAAGAUAAACCUUGAAAUUAGUGAUCAUGUAUGUAAAAUUUUAUGUCAUAUAUAACAUAUAUACUUAAUAUACAAAACAUUUUUAACUGUUCAGAUUACGUUAACUUCAUAAACUAACACGUUCAUCACAAAAACAGGCUAACCCUCCCCUUAGUAAUCAUAUUUUAGUACUUAUUGCAGAUAGUUCUGAAAGUGUACGAUCGACACAUAUUUCACCAUGUGAACUCCAGAUGGAAUUUUCUUGGGAAACUGUUGCGUAAGCACACGUGAAGAUGUAAAUCUGGUGUCCACGAGUGCAAGAAAUUUUGUUCUUAAAUGUAAUUAAUAUACUCGUUUUUUCAUUUUUACCAAACUUUACCCUUUCGUGGUUCCAAACCACUGAAAAAAAAUAUUUGGUAGUUUUGUUUAAUAUCAUUUAUCGAAUAUUAAUAUAUUCUUCACUGUGAAAUUACCAGAUCUGUUUCUUUGUAGCAUUUCAAGUCACUGAAAAAAAUCAUGUUAUAAUUUUUGUUUUCUGUAAAUGACCGCAUAUGCUUAGAAUGCCGUCAUAGAUAGUACUUUGUGAAAAGAAACGUUGUAACCGCAUGUAAAUUAUUCAAUGUAUUAAAGCACAAAUAAAGCAUAUAUGAUAUAUUUUGCUUUCUUGCUUAAAGUUGUCUUUGCAUACUUUCACACUACCAACCUGAGAAUGUUACCCAGUACAGUCAGAUGAUAUUGCACAUUCUCCGACAUCAAUUGCAAGUUUUAAUACUGCUAACUAAAAGGAUGUAAAUAUCAUAACACACAAGACAAAAGACACUGAAUGAGACGAAACAAAUAUCAGAAAUAUCAGAUUUAUUGUUGUUGUUGGUUAUUUUAUUUUAUUUUUCUUCUUUUUGGAUUUCAUGUCUUUUUAACAUGUAUGUUAAUAGUAAUAUCUGUUUAUUAUUGUUAUUCAGUGUUUUGUUAUUCAUAUUGUAAAUUUUGUUAUUUUUAUCACAUAUUUUGUCAUUGUUAUUGUGAAUUGGUAUAUUUCGACGAGCUAAUGAAAAAAAUCUGAAUGAUAAAAAUAGCCCAUGCAACAAGAAUAACGAGAUAUACAAUAACACUCAAGACUGAAUACGAAUAAAAAGUUCUACAAUAUGAUUUCAGAAACAUUGAAUAACAGUUAUAAACAUAGAACAAGAAUAAUGAAACAUUGAAUGUGAAUAUCAAGCAUACAAUACGAAAAGCGAGAUCUACAACAUUGAUCACCAGAUAUAAAAUAUGAAUGACACGUUUUGCAAUAGGAAAAGCGUACCAUUGAAUAGCAGUUACAAACAUAAAAUGAACAAAGAAACAUUGAUAAAACUACAAUUCAGAAUUUAAUUUAACCCUGCAGUCUACAGGAAAGCCACACUUUUAAUGAUAUUUUCGGGAAUAGAUAUUUCUCUAUGAGGUAGAAUUUACUGCAACUUUUCACAGUCGUAAACAGACAUAUGGUAUAUUAUAUGGUGAAGUAAAAUAUGUUUCCUUAGAUACUUGCGCAUUAUUUAAGAAGUCCGCACAUUUAAAGCUGAUUGUAAAACAUGAUUUGGAAUUAUUAAAAAAUCUUUUUUUUUUCAUAUUUUCCGCAAAUUUACUCAAAUGUUGCCGUUAAGUCAUAAAAUAAUUUCCAUUCCAGAGUCCAGGAUUUAUUAGAACGUUAACCGGAUAAAUGCAUAACGCUAUUACGUGUGGAACUACCUUAAGACUUUAAUAAUUGUAUGUUAUCUGUCUGGAACGUUAUUUCUGAUUUCUGAUUUUCAUUUGUUACAUCAGUUAUAUAAAAUAUAAUUCUAAAUAAUU